UAAGUGUGAAUUCUCCUCUGUAUUGAGCGCUGGUUUCAGUGCAUGAGCUGCUCUUAUUUUCACAUUUCUGAGACACUUCUUCAGAUAAGAGGAGAAAAUGCGCUGAAAAUGUGACCUGAAUGGGGAAAACCCGUGUGUUAGUAAGUUAGUUUGGUAACUCGCUAAUUGAUAUCAGGGUUAGUAGGAGCAGUGCCUGUGUGUGUGAGUGUCUGUGUGGUGUGAAUGUAAAGCAGUGAUUCUGUCUGACUGACUAACCGGUCUGUGAACGGGUAAACUCGACCAUGGCCCUAAACUGCCUCCCCGGUAUGGAAACAUCAGCCAUCUCUGUGCUGAAGAGAGCCGUGGAGCUGGAUCACAGCUCACGCUUUCAGGAGUCUCUGGUGUGCUACCAAGAGGGCAUCCAGUUACUGAUAGAUGUGCUGAAAGCGGUGAAGGAUGACUCCAAAAAAGUCCACUACAGAGAGAAGAUCAAAGGGUACAUGGAUCGAGCUGAGCAGAUAAAGUUGCACCUAAACAAAGUGAAAGAAGAGGGCAAAUACCAUGAGCAGAUUAGGAUUACAGACAAUGCUACUGGUUUCAGCUAUGAGAACCUUUUUAAACCGUACAUAAGGGAAGGGCUUACGGAGGUCUGGGUGGAAGACCCUUACAUACGCCACGUGCACCAGCUGUACAACUUUCUGCGUUUCUGUGAGAUGCUGCUGAAAGCAAAAUGUGAUGUUAAAAUUAUUCAUCUUCUGACCUCACAAGAUGAAGAUAGUGCCUCUCUGCAGGUCAGUGCCCUAGCAGAAAUUAAACAGUCCUUGCAGAAUCAGAAUGUUUGUCUGGACAUUGCUUAUUCAUCCACUAUUCAUGACCGAGAGAUAAGGUUUGACAACGGUUGGAUCAUCAAGAUUGGCAGAGGGCUUGAUUAUUUUAAAAAACCUAAAGGCCGCUUCUCCAUUGGCUACUGUGAUUAUGACUUGAGAGAAUGCCAUGAGACUACAGUGGAUGUUUUUCACACAAAACACACAAGGAAGACGUGACCAAAAAGUUCCUACAUACAUUUCUGUAUUAUGCAUUUAAGGAGACAUUUUUUGGACUUCAUUGAUUUGGGCUCAGACGCUUUUAAAUAUGAACCCUUUUUAACUCUUAGGAGCAGUUUUGCAGACAUGCAUUAAGCCUUCAAAUAACUACACAGUAAAUUCUAAGAUUUCCACAAAGCACCUUAAAAUAUAUAUAGUGCCUAAAGUUUUGAAGUGCUUCUUUAUUUGGUGUAAUAUCAGAUGUUAUGUUUUUAUUGUUUAUAUUUAUUGUUUAAUAAUUAAAACCUUUUGUAAUUAACCCUUUUUUCUUAAAACAAAAAAGUCUUUAUUAGACUAUAUUAUAAUAGGAGUGUCCAAUCUUAUCUGAAAGGGCUAAUGAGGCAUCCAGUAGCACAUAUUAUUCCACUUGUUUAAUUAAUUAGUAGUUAAUCAAAUAACUGAUUGAACUGACAUGAAAACGUGCAGCAAGACUGAGCCUUUUUGGAUUCCACUGGACACCCCUGUUUUAAAACAUGGAAUGCCAAAGGUGGUUUUGGGGCUCCCAAGUUCUGCACAGUGUUGUGUUUUCUCUCAUAGAGGCUGAUUCAGCUAACUGUAAAGUUUUAAAAGGUGUUGGAGUAGGGAACAAACAAAAGCGUAGUGCUGGAACACUCAGGAAAUCACUGAUUGUGUUUUUUAAUUAUUAUUUUUUUUUUUUGCUUUUAAUGAUCAUACUUUGUAUUGCAGGGAACAAUUGCAGUGGGUGGACUUUAAAAUGUAAAAUAAUGUAUAAUUUUUCUACUUAAUAAAAUGUAAAUGAUAAA